AUAAGCUCAGUUAAAUACGGGGGGCCGCAAGUCCAUGCAGGCCCUUAUUGGUUAAAAGAAGCCAAACCCUGAGUCUGGGAGGAAGACGGGGGCCAAAUGGGGCCCAGAGCUUGAUUUGGAGGAAGGAGUUGAAUCAGUACCAGCUUGUGCAUCACAUGUAAAUGUUUCCCAAGCAAUCGCUUCAACACUCACGUGUCUGUUCAGGACUGAAUAAGCAGAAGAGUCGACGCCGAGCUGCUCGACAACGCGUCAACAUAAAAGUAGCAAAUGACAUAAGCAAACAAUAUGUCACUGUGGGGGAACAGACACGCGUCAGUCACAGGAAGGAAACGCCACAUUGCACAUUCUGCUGAGAAAGAAAGCAGCAAAGACAAGAAAAGAGAAGCCGCCGAGGAACAAUGGUUGAAUUCAAGUGGAUUAAAGUGUAUUUGUGUGUGACACUGGUGCUUCGGUUUACAGCGAUAACAGAACAAAAAGAUCAGUUCGUCGUUGUCAGAGCUGGAACUAGAGCGACUUUGCCUUGUGGACUUGAGGAUCGGGAUAACUGUGAGAACACAGACUGGCUCUUCGCUAAAUCGCCUCAGACCAGUGCAGUAGAGCUGUUCAGAUCUGGCCUGCUCCAGACGUCUGCGAGUUCCAAAUCCAGACCAGAGAGGAUGCGUGUUACAGCAAACUGUUCUCUGGUUGUAAAGGAGGUCACAGCUCAGGAUGCUGGUCAAUACUGCUGCAGACAGGAUGAAGAUGGGAGAAUGAAAGAUGCUGUGGUUUAUUUGUCUGUCGUCAACAUGACCGAACAGAGGAGCACUGAUGGAGUGACACUCACCUGCUCAGUGUGGGCGUAUGGAGAGAGCAGAUGCACAGUGAAGUGGCUCUUAAAGGGCGGAGACGUGGAUGAAGACAACGGCGACCUGAAGACGUCACAUUCUGGCUGCUCAGCCACCGUGAGCUUUAAAAGCUCUCAUUUCAUUUACAAGUCAGAAAACUACGAGCCACUGACAUGUCAAGUGACGUAUGGUUUCACUGAGAAACGGUUUCCCUUCAGGCCUCGGUCAUCAGCACUUGGAGACAACGAGACGACAACAGAGUCAGAAGGAGGUUGGACAGAACAGGAAACUGCAGCAAAAAAACCCAACCAGUUUGUCACUCUGAUACUAGAUUGGUGGCGGAGGUGGUGCAUCGCCCUGGCCGUGGUCUUGGCAGCGCUCGUGAUCACAGUUGUGGCUGUAGUCAGAUGGAAGUGGAGUAAAGGAAACGAAACACAGACGCUUGAAAACGGGGUCGAUCCUGAAGAUGAUGUUCGCUACGCCUCCAUCCUGCACGCCACCAACAGCGCUGCCGGGAUCUGGGGUGGUGAGGACCAGGUGACCUACAGCACUGUGGGGGCUCCCUCCCCGUCUGCCGGAGCCGCCGCCCCCGACCCCAACAGCCUCUACACCACCGUCAACAAACUAAACAGAUAACAGACCGCAGUAGAAUGUGAUAUCAAUUUGAUAUCCAUGCUGUCGUCCCACAGUUCUUUCUUUAAAGCUUUCUGAAAACUGGGGACCGGAUUUAACCGGAGGUCGGCUGUUUUAUUGAUUUCCCCCUAUCGGAGUUUUUGUGCUCCGGUUUAGUUUAUAGUCCUGGAGUAAUUUUAAUUCUUUAUCCUCAGCUAAGGCAGCUUGCGGUUGCUUUUUUUUUUAAUGCAAAACAAUGUUAUGUGUCCAGAGUGCCAGCAGGGGGAGCUGCAAGUUAAUUUUCUACUGCGAGUUCAAAAUGAAUCGCAAAAAAACUAAACAAUCAUAUGUUUUAUUUCGAUAUAAACUGUACAUUGUUUGCCAGGGUUGUGUCAGAAUCCUUUGAAAUUACAGAUUCAAAAUUACAUGGCAAUUUUUGUAAUCAGCGACGGUAUCCGUUGGAGUACAAAAAUAAUGUUAUCUAAUCUGAAUACUUUUGGAUUACUUAAAAACCAAACAUCAAAAAAUAUUGCACAUUGUACCCAAAAACAAAAAGAAAAUUAACGCAACCACAAAAUUUGGACUUCCACAAAGUGAAUCUUUAAAACUGUUUAAACAUUAAAAACAUUGUCAAAAAAUCAUUCUCUAUAAAUCACAUAUCUAUCUGUAAAUGUGUUAUCUAUAAAUCAUAGAAAAAAAACAUUAGCAAAACUGGCAAUCUGAGAGUGUAUACUGUGGAGUAAUGUACACAGUUAUGUAUAUAUGUAUAUCAUUUAAAUGUGAUUUUAAAAUUGCCUUAUUUUAAAGACAUCAUCAAAAUGUAAUCAAGUAGUCAUUGAGACCUUGACAAUGUAACUAUAAUCUAAUUACACUUUUUUUCUCAAAUGUUAUGUGAUCUGAAUAUAGUUACUUAUUUUUUUAAUAUCUGACUAUGUAAUCCAGAUUACAUCUAAUCCGUUACUACCCAACCCUGCAUUUUUGCUUCGUGAACUGUUAAUCACAUUAUUUUGUACUGACGUGUGUUUUUUCAAGUUUUUUAAAAAAAGAAGGAAAAUCUCUUCUUGAUUUAUACUGUUUUUAUAGGAUGUUGCUUCUGUUGUUGAUUUUCGUUCCUCGCAUCCUCUGUUAAUACAGACAUUUUUCACAGGGGUGGCCAGAUGGGGCGACUGAAAAUCUCAGGGUAUAUUUUGGAGUUUUGGAUUUGAGUUUGAUUUUGUUAAUUUUUUCUUUAAAGACUGUAACUCUGUUUUUUGUUACCUUAGUUAUUAAAUACUACUUUUCAGCCCUUUACCUUCA